AUGCGCUGUUCUCUUAGUCCAGGUAGCUUCCCAGUGUUGAAUGCUAACCUCUCCGACUUCAAGCACUCAUUGAGAGCCCAGAGGCACAGGACACAGUGCACGUAUACGGAAGGCGUACUGAAGCUGUGGGACUUUGGUGCCUCCAUCCGGCCGGGAACACCGAGCCUGACCGCCUCGGAGCAAUGUGAAAUCCGACCUCAAGAGGUGAGGUCAAAUCUUGGCAAGGAAAAUUGGCUUACCACUUCACGCGAGAUGGGAGACUUAGGCCGUGAGUACAGUAUUGCCGCUUCCAUAUCGCGGGCCAUCGUCACCAAACAGAAUCAUGAGCAGCAUCACGGUAAGAAGGAACUUGUGUUGUAA